AUGAAGAUGGUAAUAAUAAUAAUAAGCUUUGUAAGCAUAUUACUGGCAUUGUGCAUAGUAGCUGCGGUACAAGAGCCUCCAGAAGAGUAUUUGGAAAUCCAUAAUGAUGCACGAGCAAGCCUUGGGAUUCCUCCUCUAAAGUGGGAUGUGAAAUUAGCAAAAACAGCUCAACAGUAUUUGAAUAAACUCAUCCAAAAUUGUGUCAAGGGGAAACUUCAGCCAAUCAAAAGCCGUUACUACGGCCAAAAUGUUGCGUGGCAUAUGGCAUCCGAUCCCUUUACGGGAGCAAAAGCGGUGGCGGGGUGGGUUGCCGAGAAAAAGUAUUACGACUAUAAAUCCAAUUCGUGCAUUGGUGGUGAUUGUGAAUGCUACACUCAGGUUGUUUGGAGAAACACUACUCAUAUUGGGUGUGCUAGAGUUAAGUGCGAUAAAUGCCAAAAGAGAUGCACCCUUGUUCUUUGUCUUUAUAGUCCUCCAGGAAAUGCUGAUGAUAUGGCAAGGAAGAAUGCUCAGGAGUCUUACCAAAGAGUUCAGGAGGCUAAGGCAAAGUCCCGAGCUAGGUCCGGUGGUGCCAGGGCGAUCACCUAUCCUCCUCCUCCUCCUCCUCCUCCUAAGAAUGGGAAAUAUCAGCCAACCAUAGACCCUUACUACGGCCAGAAUGUUGCGUGGCAUAUGACAUCCGAUCACUUUACGGGGGCAAAAGCGGUGGAGGGGUGGGUUGCCGAGAAAAAGUACUACGACCAUAAAUCCAAUUUGUGCAUUGGUGGUGAUUGUGAAUGCUACAUUCAGGUUGUUUGGAGAGACACUACUCAUGUUGGAUGUGCUAGAGUUAAGUGCGAUAAAUGCCAAGUGGGAUGCACUCUUGUUGCUUGUCUUUAUAGUCCUCCAGGAAACGAUGAUGGUGUACGUCCUUACUAG